UGAGCAGGCAGGCCGCACAAUAGAGUAGCUCCCCAAGCCUCGGUGCUCUUUACGUUUUCUGUGAUGGCCGCGAUGCCAUGCGGGUGGUAAACAACAAAGAAUCUGAAAGCUAUGCCGCGACUUCGUUAUUGAGAGGGGGAAGUAAAACAACCAUUACUUUGCCUCACCUUUCAAAGUAACAUUUCCACUAGGCCACAGGUAGUGCAGCAUGGCCCCCAAGGCGAUGCGUGUCCUGUGUGCGGCGCGCGGCGUGUCUCGGGGCGUCGAGGCUGAGGGCGGCGGCGCCAUCGAACUUCCGCAGCCAGACGAUGUGUGUGGUCCUGGCCGCGGCGGAGGGGUUCUGCGAGGGGUGCUGCCUUUCUCCUGGACGUGUGUGUCUUGCUCCCCCGUGGCCGCCGUGUGAGGCUGGGUGAAGCGGGCAGCCUCUUGACGCACUGCAGGCCUCUCUCACACCUUGGGAAGAUUGCAACCUGGACUCCAGAAAUGAACACCUCAGAAAAUGUCAGGCUGCUGCCCACUGAUGAUGUGACUCACUGACGCUUAGCCGCAGGGACGUCAUUAACCCGUCAUUUAUUCAUCAUCACCCCACAAUAGCCAUGGAGUCACCCAAAGUAAUGGUCUUCAUCCUGGUGCUGUGUGGCCUGGAUGUUGUCUUUUCUGGAGAUGAAUCUGUUGCAGUCUCAGCCUCCCCAUCACCCCCCAGCCACUUGACAACUGAUUUGCCAAUAAACAUUACCAAAACCACAGCAGUCCCAGAGGAAAGCACUCCAAUUACACCUGUUCGUCAGUCAUCCCCUGAUGAUCUUCAUUUGUUGAAUCCUGGCAAUCAGGAUGAUCAAUGUCGUAAGAGAGCAGAGUGCGUUCCCCUUGAAGAACGUAGCUGUUUGGGGGUGACACUGCCCUACACACACACAUCCUUAGCACUCUCAGGAUUCCCAAACCAGAGAAUGGCAAGAGAGCAGUUGGAGGUGUGGUCUGCCUUGCGCAACAUUCCUCGUUGCUGGGCGGUUGUUCAGCCUUUGUUGUGUGCUGUCUUCUUCCCGCAGUGCAAUAACAGUUCAGUUGAAUUGCCCUCACAGGAGAUGUGUGUCAUCACCCGAGUUCCGUGCCGCCUGGUAGAGAGAGAAAGAGGGUGGCCAGAAUUCCUCAUGUGUCAUGAGGAAUAUCCUCACAAAUGCAAGAACACAUUAAGGGAAUUAAAGUUCAACACAACAGGGCAAUGCACUCCUCCCCUUGUGGCCACAGAAGAAGAGUCAUCAUGGUAUGAGGAAAUGAAGGGCUGUGGAGUGCAGUGUGCCAACCCAAUCUUCACUGAUGAGGAACAUGAAGACUUGCACAGUUUUAUGGCCACCCUUGGAGGAGUCUGUGUGGCUUGUUCUGCUCUCACAGUGCUAACAUAUUUGAUAGACUGGCGUGCAGCAAACAAGUAUCCCGUGCUCAUCAUAUUCUACAUCAAUGGAUGCUUCCUGGUUGCCAGCAUUGGGUUUAUGGUUCAGUUCCAUCCUGGGGUUCGUCAGGACCUCACCUGUCGUUCAGAUGGGACGCUACGUGAAGGUGAACCAAGUUCUGGAGGGAAUAUAUCGUGUGUGGUGGUUUUCGUUUGCCUGUACUACUUCAUGGUUGCUGGGGGCUUAUGGGUCAUCAUCCUGGCUUACUCCCUCCACACCAGCUUCAAGUCUUAUGCAGCAGGGCUAUGUGGAGAUGAGCUGGAGAGGCGCGCUGCUUACUUCCACCUGUUGUCUUGGUCACUGCCACUCGUCCUCACAAUCACCAUCAUGGCACUGGCUCAGGUGGAGGCAGACUCUGUGGCAGGAGUUUGUUUCUUGUCAUCAUCUAUAUACAUCAGAAUUUUUUUUCUUCUGCUGCCAAUUAUUGUUGUUGUUAUUGUAGGGGGAUUCUUCCUUGUAAGGGGUAUGAUAAAGUUGAUAUACCUCAAGAUGGAGUGUUUCAACAUCAUCAGUGACAGUGCCAACAACAAGAUUGUGGAAACCAUUGUUCGGCUUGCCAUCGUCACUGUCACCCUGGCAACCUUCACAGGCAUCACCAUAUACUGCCACAUCUACCAGUACAUGAACCAGUCAGAUUGGGAUGACGCCCUUCGAGACUAUAUCAUGUGUGUGACCAACAUAACAGCUUCAGCAGAGAACAGAGCUGGCAGCCCAGUCUGCACUAUUUUGGACCGGCCCAGCAUCAAUGUGUACAAGCUACACCUGCUGGCUUUUUUUGGUGCUGGAAUCAUAAUGUCUUCAUGGUGCUGGACUCCUAACACUGUUCAUGCUUGGAAGCGCUUUCUAAAGAGAGUUGCAGGAGUGCCAGAUGAGGAGCCUCUGCGUCUUGCCAGGCACAGGGUCAUAGCUCAAGCCUUUGCUAAGCGGCAUGACUUCAACACUGCUGGACGGCUCUCGAUAAGUCUUCAUUCAAUGCAUGAGGAUCCCUUGGGGCUGAACUUCGACAUGAACAGUGCAACUUCUGGAGACAUAUCCUCUGCCUGGGCCACUGCCAUUCCUCACCUCAUGACCCGGCGUGGAGCUCUGGUGGGGCCGGCAGCUUUGGCUCUGAGGAGGAACUCUGUUGAUUCUGAAUACAGUAUUAGCAGAAGAUUCUCCAUUGAAUCAGGGCAUAAUAAUCGCAGCUCUAGAAGGCAUUCUUUGGACUCCCAAAUGUCAUUCCAUGUGUCUGAUGCUGAGAGACUUGCAGCACUACACACAGCUGCCAGGUUUGGUCGGCGCAAGAGACGGGACUGGUUUAGUCUGAGACGAGGCCGCCGAGUCAACGCCUGGGACAGACGAGGCUCAAAUACAUCUGAUGACAGCAAUCUUAGCAAUCUAGGCUCCAUGAUUUUGCCUGCAAUAACAAUGAACACUCAAGACACCUUGUUUACGAAUAUGAUGAAGCGCCUCAAUUUGAGCUCAGAUGAACCAAUCCGCUCAGAAAGAACUACUCCUUCAGCCCCGUCAACCCAGUCUGUGAAUGUUAAUGUCCCUCUGCCAGGACAAACAACGUUAGACUCAGAAAAUGAAGUUGGGAAUGAGAACCAUGGCUUUGGGGAUGAUUCAGUUAGUCAUACAGUUCUCAACAAUAUUUUAAAGAGUGCUGAUGUCAAAAGGAAAGAAGAAAGCUACUCACGAACACCAGUAACACUUGAAAAUGGCUUGCUCUCAUCUGCUCAUAUGCAUGACAGUGGUAAGCCUGUUAGUGUUGAUACUGGUGUUCAGGUUACUUGUACUAGCGUGGGUGUGCAAACGGCAUUACCUAAUGGUAAUGUACAUCCUGUCAUGUUGGAUAAAGCUGUUCAGGUUGCUAUUCCCAUUCCACUAGGGACAGACAGUCAUGCAUACCAGUCAAACUCUUCUGGUGAUGACAACAGUAAUUCAGUGCUGAACUGUAAAGGCCAAGAAAAUAUGAAGAAAGUCAAUGAAACUACUUUUUGUAGCCGAAGGACUCAAAACACAGAUCGACCUGGAACACCUGUGAGUAAAAUCAUAUCUAGAAAAAAUCAUAAAAAUGAAAAAGUGACAGGACACCACAGAAUCAGCAACUCAAAUCAUGUCAGCAGUAAACACCCACCCACUGUCAAAGCAAGCAGUAGAGGUAAAAGUAAAAAGAACAGAGGGAAGACUAAUGAGGUGAUGACAGUGCUAGAUAUUGCUGAUGAGAGUCCCUGAAGGAAUCAUAGUUGGAGUUAAGCUAUUGAUGUACAUUACUGAAAACUUGCAGUCACUGACUUUAUAUCAAAAGAAAAAAAUAGUAAGUCUUAUUUUUAUACUUUUUUACAUAUACUAAACAGUACAUUUUUUUGUAGUUACUCUAUACCUUACCCUAUUUAUUUAUGUUUUGAAUUUACAAGCAAUAGCAGCUUCUGUGAAUAUUAUUUUGUAAUAUGUGCUUUUAUUUUCUCUGUGAUCAUCUCUGAGUAUUUACUUGAUUGCUGACUCAGUCACUUUUUAUUUUGAGAAGCAGAGUGGGUCUUUCUCUGCUUUACCCAUCUCCAAAACAUGACACUUAGCCUUGAACUUAUAUAUUCCACAUAGCUCUCCAAACAACCACAACUUUGCUAAGUCAAACAGUAGCAUGUGUUUCUGCUUUGCUUUGUAAACAUUGAUGUCCUCCACAAAAACUGGAACAAGAGUGGGACCAUUGCUGAGAUCCAGGGAACCUUGUUCAAGCAGCAGCUGCAAUCUCAGGAAACAUUUCACAUCAUUAUUUUCAUACAAUGUAAUAUAAUCAUCUGAUCAUUUGUUUGUCAUUUGUCUCAUUGCAUUCUAUGGUAUUGCAAAGGAAUAUGAAAAAGCUUAGCUUUGUA